UGUUGGACUGGCGGCAGUCUGGCAGCAGCUGGCCACAUUUCUCCAGUGAUUCUGAUCGCAGAGGGAGUUUCUGUUGCGGUCCGAGGCUUGAAUGAGGUUGAUGCUGCUCUGUUGCACCUGGAAGGACGAACGCAUGGGAGAGGAGGAAGCCGGAGGGAGGUUGCCGGAGUGUGCGGGAUGCAGUCGGCACAUCUAUGAUGAUCAGUACCUACAGGCCCUCAACACAGACUGGCACACGCUGUGUUUCAGGUGUUGUGAGUGCGGGGCGUCUCUCUCACACUGGUACUAUGAGAAGGACGGCCGUCUCUUCUGUAAGAAGGACUACUGGGCCAAAUUUGGGGAGUUGUGUCAUGGCUGUUCAGAGCCCAUCGCCACCGGACUCAUCAUGGUGGCCGGAGAGCAGAAGUAUCACCCAGAAUGCUUCACCUGUCUAAACUGCCGAGCGUUCAUCGGUGAUGGAGACACGUAUGCGCUGGUGGAGCGCUCCAAACUUUACUGUGGACAGUGUUAUUACCGCACCGUCGUGACUCCGGUCACCCUGCCCGACUCGCCCUGCUCCAGGAUUCCCCACACGGUCACGCUCGUGUCUAUUCCCGCCUCCACCGAUGGGAAGCGCGGGCUCUCCGUGUCCAUCGAUCAGGGCCCCAGUCCCAACGGAUACAGCCCCGAACUCAAGCCCACCAUCAGAGUCUCGCAGGUGGACCCAGAGUGCAUCAGUCCAGAUGUAAAGAACUCCAUUCAUGUCGGCGAUCGGAUCCUGGAGAUCAACGGGACGCCGAUUCAGAACGUUCCUCUGGACGAGAUUGAUCUGCUGAUCCAGGAGACCAGUCGUCUGCUGCAGUUGACCAUUGAGCACGACCCUCAUGAUCACGGCUCCUCAGAGGACCGGGUGGACGGCCCCACACCCCUGUCUGAGGGCCCCAGUCCCAUCAUGCCCAUCACACGCCCGCCCAGCCAGGACAUCAACAACCUGCGCUCGCGCAUCAUCACGCGCAGCUGCAGUAUUGAUAAAUCCCCGAGCUCCAGUAGCUCACCGUCUCCUCUGUCUCUGCGGAAGGACAUCGGCCGCUCCGAGUCGCUGCGCGUCGUCACCAACCGCACACACCGCAUAUUCAGAGCCUCCGAUCUCAUCCACGGAGAGGUCCUGGGCAAGGGCUGCUUCGGGCAGGCCAUCAAGGUGACUCACAGAGAGACGGGCGAGGUGAUGGUGAUGAAGGAACUCAUCCGCUUCGAUGAGGAGACACAGAUGACCUUCCUCAAAGAGGUGAAGGUGAUGAGGUGUUUGGACCAUCCCAACGUGCUGAAGUUCAUCGGCGUCCUUUAUAAAGACAAACGGCUCAACUUCAUCGCGGAGUACAUCAAAGGAGGAACACUGAGAGACAUCAUCAAGAACAUGGACAGUAGCUAUCCAUGGAAUCAGAGAGUGAGUUUCGCCAAGGACAUCGCCUCUGGGAUGGCUUACCUGCACUCCAUGAACAUCAUCCACCGAGAUCUCAACUCACACAACUGUCUGGUCCGAGAGAAUAACAGUGUUGUUGUGGCGGACUUCGGCCUGUCCCGGCUCAUGGUGGAGGACAAGAUCCAGGACAAACUGGUGUCCGGACAGCUCCCGGGCGUCAAGAAGGCCGACAGGAGAAAGAGAUACACUGUGGUGGGAAACCCGUACUGGAUGGCCCCGGAGAUGAUCCACGGAAAGAGCUAUGAUGAGAAGGUGGACAUCUUCUCCUUCGGCAUCAUGCUGUGCGAGAUUAUAGGGCGAGUGAACGCCGAUCCCGACUACCUGCCCCGGGCCAUGGAUUUCGGGCUGAACGUCAAAGGCUUUUUGGACGAGUACUGCCCGCCGGACUGUCCGGCCUCUUUCUUCCCCAUGGCGGUGCUCUGCUGCGAUCUGGACGCAGAGAAGCGGCCUGCGUUUGUGAAGCUGGAGUCGUGGCUGGAGAACCUGAAGAUGCAUCUGGAGAUGGGCCUGCACCUGGUCUCCGAGCUCGAGCUCAUCCAUCAAGACUUCCGGCAGAAACACUCGAGCGGGAAGAACGGGCUGCACACACACCCGGAGCAGCCCGAGUGACGCGGAUCCUCACGCUGAGCAGAUCUGCCGGAGGACGCUCCCUCGCUCGUGG